AUGGCAACGGGCUCACGAGUCCAAGGGGACCGAUGGAUGAUCGAAACCCUGACACCGGUUGCUAUUCUUGUCACAGUAGUUGUCGGCGUGCGGGUCUCGCUGCGUCUCUCCCGACAUGCCGGCCUCUGGCUGGACGACUGGCUCAUCCUCGCAUCCGCUGUACUAGCCUGGGGGAUGUACGGCAUCUCGGUGCUUAUGGUUGAAAUAGGCGGCCUCGGGACGCCUUUCAAGGAGAACGUGGCCAUCGAACCGUCCAUGGCUUGGCUAGAGAACACGCGCAAGCUCCUCUACGCCAGCCAAAUGGUGUACUUCACAGUGAUCAUGACAGCAAAGUUCAGCAUCCUAUCGCUUUACUGGCGGCUCUUCCCUACUGUGUUUGUGAAGCGUGGAUGCAUUAUUCUAGCUAUUCUCACAGCCAUGUGGUGGAUCGCCGGUGUCCUGGUGGAUAUAUUCCAAUGUUCCCCUGUCAGCAAAGCCUUCGAUCCAGCCAUGACGCCCGAGGGGUGUGUCGACCAGGAUGCAUUUUGCAUGGGAAUGAUCAUACCAAAUAUCUUGAUGGAUAUGAUUAUUCUAUGUCUGCCUACAUUUGAAGUUUCCAAACUGCACCUCCCACGAAGCCAGAGACUCGCCCUAGGUGGCGUGUUCCUCCUCGGUGCGGCAGUCACCUCCGCGAGCGGGAUCAGGCUAUAUUAUCACCUGAAGCUAGUGAACGCAGGAGAGGGGAACUUUGACUUCACAUGUAAACAGCCCACUCCAACCAAGAUGACUGACUUCUUUUGUCUGCGAGCAAAAGUGGGACUCUUCCAGCCGCAACUAUGGCUAACGAUCGAGCCCGACAUGGCCAUCAUCUGCGCCUGUCUGCCCGUCCUGCGGCCACUGAUCACGAUGGUCCAGGCGUUGCCCUUCUACCAGUCCAUGGCGUCGCACCUACCUGUCGGCAGGAGCAGGUUAUUCAGCAAAAGUGUGGGGACUAGCAGCCGUGGCAGUAGCAGCGCUCGGCACAGCAAGCACGCUGCGCUCAAUACCAUCGGCGGGUCGACGGCGCCAGGCGGGCACACGAGGGGUCGGGGCGAGAGCCAUCCCGACCGGGAGAAACGCCGGGGCAGUGCAGGUGCCACCAACGCCAUGUCGUCAUUCGAGUCGCUGGAGUAUCUAGGGGCCGUCGAAGAUGUCGAGGCCGGCCGCCUCGUCCCGGAUGGUCGUCGAGGGUGGUCCUGGCUCAGCGACCCUAGUGUUGGGCAUCAGGCCGAGGUGAGCAGGAGCCAAAGCGUGGCGCUUGACGAGCUUCCGAUGGGUGCGAUAUCAGUGAGGACGGUUGUCGACUGCACUGAAACCACAGGCGAACUGCCACCAACUUCCUGUCCGUCGAGCCAGAUGAGAAACUUGUAA